AAGCCCCCCAAAAAGCACAACUGUCGUGAAAAAAAAAGGAAAAGGAGCAUAGUUGUCAUCAUCACAGAGAAGUAGCACCAAGAAUUGUGAAGCAGACAACCAUUUAAUUCGGUUUCUCCCGCCUUUCUUCUUCCUCUCGAGAGCACAACUGAAAUCCCGUUUUCCACUGGCUCUCGAUUCCUCCUUUCCAAACACCAAUUGGAGCCUCGUUUGAACCCUAAUUGCACAAAAAUGAGCCACGGAAGAGCUUCACUUCGUCCAAAUUCCAAAAGAAAGAGAGCAAGUGAUGGGAAUAGAACCCUGGGCAUGGUGUGGGGUGCCAAUUCGGUCUCCUCCUCCAAAAGCAAAGGCAGCGCUGCAUUCAAGGACUUCGGCAGUUAUAUGUCUGAGAAGGAACGCAAGCUUAGGCUUCAAUUUCAAUCAGAAGCAGAAAACAGUUUACCCAAUGAUGCAAUCACUGAUUUGCCUUCCACAUCUGAAAAUGUAUCUGGUACCGGAAAUUCCAAUGGCUUAUUUGGUGGUAUUUCAAUUUUCGUGGAUGGAUUUACCAUACCUUCAAAUCAGGAGCUACGUAAUUACAUGAUUAGAUACGGGGGACGAUAUGAGAAUUACUUCUCAAGAGAGAGAGUUACACACAUCAUUUGUAGCAAUCUGCCUAACAGCAAGAUAAAGAAUUUAAGGUCUUUCAGCAGGGGACUACCGGUUGUAAAACCUCAGUGGAUAGUAGAUUGUAUAGGUGCAAACAAAAUUUUACAUGUGGGACCCUACCAGCUUGAAUGCCUUGCUAAUGAAUGUCCACAACAGCAAAGGCUUUCUACAUUUUUUUCUGUCAAAUCCAAUUCUCUUACCGAAAGCAACAUAGGGACUGAAUUCAAGGUGGUUUCCACAUGCAGUGGUCCGGAGUCAUCUUUGAAUGGAGAAACAUCUGAAAGGAAAAAUGAUUGUUACAGCAAAUCACAGGAAGAAAUAUUACAAGAAAGCCAUACAGUAUCGACUAGUGCACAAAAUAUACUUGCCAAGGGAGCAAAUCUUAAUGAAGAAAAUGUCCAAAUAUUAAACCAUGAAUUCCAGAUUCCUUGUUUGUUGAACUUGAAAGAAUAUGAUAUUUCUAAUCAUGGAGAUGCAUGCGGUGAAAAUGAAAUAUCAGAAUAUGACAUUUUCAGGUCAGAAAACAAUGAGGAUAUUAGUAACUCAAUGGAAGCAACAGAAUCACGACUCUCGAUAACCAAAUACAGAUCACAUUCAACCCUAGAGGAUGCUAAUUUUGUUGAAAAUUAUUUCAAGAAUUCAAGGUUGCAUUUCAUAGGUACCUGGAGAAAUCGGUACCGUAAAAGAUUUGCAGGAAAAUCUUCCGAAGAAAUACAGGGUCAAUAUACAGGAGUAGAUUCCAGCUCUAAUACUACUUCUGUUGCUGAUAGUCGUGUUAUUAUCCAUGUUGAUAUGGAUUGCUUCUUUGUAUCUGUUGUGAUCAGAAAACAUCCUGAAUUGAAUGACAAACCUGUAGCUGUAUGCCAUUCAGAUAAUCCUAAAGGGACUGCUGAAAUUUCUUCUGCAAAUUAUCCUGCUCGUGGUCAUGGCAUCAGGGCAGGAAUGUUCGUUAGGGAUGCCAAGGCUUUGUGUCCUCAUCUUUGUAUUCUUCCUUAUGACUUCAGUGCAUAUGAAGAGGUUGCCGAUCACCUUUAUGACAUUCUUCACAAGCACUGUAACAGAGUACAAGCAUUAAGCUGUGAUGAGGCAUAUUUGGAUGUGACAGGUUUGCAUGAUCCCGAUCACAUUGCAUUAGCUAUUAGGCAAGAGAUAUUUGAUGUGACAAAAUGCACUGCAAGUGCUGGGAUUGCUGGAAAUUUGUUGUUAUCUCGUAUGGCUACAAAGAGAGCUAAGCCAAACGGUCAAUUUCAUAUUCGAUCCAAGGAGGUUAAUGAAUUCUUAGCAUAUCUUCCUAUAAGUGAACUUCCAGGAGUGGGACCCACAUUGCAAGAAAAGUUGAAUAAUCAAAAUGUUCAUAAUUGCAGUCAAUUGCGCAGCAUAUCCAAGGAUGUUCUUCAAAGAGAUUUUGGUUCCAAGACUGGUGACAUGUUAUGGCAUUACAGCAGAGGAAUUGACCAUCGGCAGGUGCAAAGUGCUAUGGAGCACAAGUCCAUAGGUGCUGAGGUGAAUUGGGGUGUGCGGUUCAACAAUUCUGAAGAUGUUCACCAUUUUCUAAUGAAACUAUGCAAUGAGGUUUCAUUGCGCUUACAAGGUGCUUGCAUGCGAGGUCGUAUGAUCACACUCAAGGUGAAGAAACGAAAGAAAGGUGCAGGCGAACCUGCCAAAUAUAUGGGCUGUGGCAUUUGUGAUAAUAUCAGUCACUCUGUUACGGUUCCUUCUGCUACGGAUAGCACAGAUGUACUUUUGAGGAUCAGUCGACAACUUUUUGCAUCAUUUCACCUAGAUGUCAAAGAGGUAAGGGGCAUCGGUCUGCAAGUAUUGAAAUUAGAAGCAGUAGAAUCAUGCCAUCAAGGUUCUGGGAAAAAUGUCUUGAAGUCAUGGCUUGCUUCAAUGUCAAAGACGCCAAAUUCAUGUGAAUUAGUUUCUAUUUCAAAUGAAGAAAAUGGAGCUGCUGUAUGCAAUCUACUUCAGAAAAAUCAACUUCUGUUGGAUAUGAAAGAUUCAAACUUAAUGAGAGACAAUGGUUCAGGAAAGGGAUUGCAAAAUGCUGAAAGAUAUGAUGCCAAAGUUAAAUGGAAAGGAAAGAGCCUUGAAGGUGGUCCUUUGCCACAUAUUUCGCAGCUGGACCCAACAGUUCUUGCAUGUCUUCCUCAGGAAAUACUUUCAGAAAUCAAUGAUUUUUAUAAUGGAAAAGUUCUUGAUUAUAUCUCAGGGAAUGGCAAGGUCUCAGAGAGAUAUAGUGUGCCAAAUAUGGAUGUAGCUUAUAGGCAGAGUACAGGAACAGGUAGUACAAGUCGACAUUUAGGGGACUCUGUGUUAGAAGAGCACAAGAGAAAAAACACAGAAGGUGAUUUAAAAACCAUGGACUGUGACAAGCGUCAGAAGACUGAACUGAAAGAUCAUGAAGAACUAGCUCAAGAUGUUGUUGCUUCUACAACCUACUCAGUUGAUGUACCAACACCAUCACAGUUGGAUCCUUCUGUACUUUUGGCCUUGCCAUUGUCCUUGCGUCUUGAGAUUCAGCAACAUUAUAGUGCUACUAAUGCAGUAAAAAAGAAGAAUAGCCCUGUUAAUGUUCAAAGAAAAGAGACUUCAAGCAGAUCUCAGUUCAGUGUAUCAAAUCCAGGAAAGUUUGGAAUUGCAAAGCAGGGUAUUCACAAAAAGGUUCUGGGCAAAGCAAGCUCCUCAAAUUCACACAACCCUGAAUUCAUGGGUAAGUCGAUUGAUAUAGUUGAUAGGCAGACCAGCAAUGAUGAUGCUGUAUCUCUCUCUUUGAGUCAAGUGGAUAUCAAGAUUUUGCAGGAACUACCAACUGAUAUUCAGCGUUAUAUAAAGGAUUCUCUUCCUGCUCAUCGACCAGUGGUGGCCCCACAUGAAAAUGCAUUGCCAUGUAAAAGGGAAGAUUAUGACAUCCUCAAUAUUGAAAUUAAUGAACCCACUAAUUCUUGUGUGAAAGUUGGUCUGAAAGGUGAUACAUGCUGUGAAAGAAGCUUUUGCAAAGGAAAUCCCCCAGAAUGGGUGAAUGAUUUUAGACUUAGCAGCUGUGUAUUGCUUCAACUGAUAUCGGAAUGCUACUGUAAAGACGACUGUUCCAAAUCUCUCUCUUCUCUUUUGCUAUGUCUGAUAUCCUCACUUCCAGAGGAAUUUGUUUCGUGUACAGAUAUAAAGGAGCAAUCUGUUACAAAAUGUUCAGAUCUACUCAAACAGUAUAUCAGGGAAAAAGUAAAAUAUGAUAUUGAGGAGGUCCACUUUUGUGUUCGUUUACUUAAAAGGUUGAAUGUCAAAUCAGAGUUUUGGUUAGCCAUAUACAACACAAUUAUACCAACUUUGCAGGCCAAUGUUGGAGAGACUUAUGGAGGAAAUUUGAAGCUUUGAAUUUACGCAAAAGAAUGGUAAACUGAGAAUUUCUAUUUUAUGAAUAGACACUAUUUUGGAGAUUCCCUCUGAAAUUUUGUUUCAGAUUGUGGCUUUGUAGCCUAAUUGAAGGAUAGUUAUCUAUUCAUCAACUGCACCAUGGAUGAGAGAACUGGAAAGAUUAUAUGUUGCAGAGCAUUUUCAUUAUCUAAAAGGAAUAUGCUCGUCAUUGAUAACUGUGACUGUCAAAUAAUCUUAACACGGGGCAUUUCCUGCAAUUUUGACCAAAAUGCAAAAACCAUUUGUGUGCCUUUGCAAUAACACCACAUGAUGUCCAAGGGAGAUGGCUUGUUUCAGAAAAAUUGGUUGGAACAUAAAGUUAUUUGUCAAAAGGAUUUUUUUAAUAGAGGAUAGACUGGUGGUGGAAAAAACAUGGCCUCUUUAUAAGCGAUGUCAAAUCUUCUUUCAACAAGAACAAGGAACCAAUGAACAAUACCUGUCAAAGUCAUUGCAUGGAUGCAAUAUGGAAGGUGAUUGAUGUGGAACUUAUAUUGAAGAUAUGUUAUGGGACUGCAGGUACUUGUGUUAUCCAGAUUUAGUUACAGGACCAUUUCCAAACACCAUAUUGAUCCUAUUUCUUUAAGGGUUGUUCUUCAUGGCGGUGGCACUGCUUUCUCUUCAACUUGCAUGUAGCACAUUCUUAAAGGUACUGUUCUUCAUCAUAUUUGGAUACGGUGUUCCGUUCUUGUUCUAUACAGGUCACCACUGCUUAUUGGUGACACUCUCAUUUGCUUCUUGAUUCAUCAGCACUGGAGAACAGUAUCUUCACAAAUUUUUUGGCUUGCAUUUCUCAUCAUCAAAAACAGUUAGCUGAUUUGAACCACACUGAGUAGGAUACCUAUUGCAUUGUUCAACAUAUUGGGAACAUUACUCAAUGUACAUAUCUGGGACUUCAGGAGAUUCUUUGGUAGACCUCUGCUAUAUUUGCUAGUCUUUUGUUCAUAGUAGCGAAGCAUGAAGAAAAUGGUCUGAGACCUUUGUAGCGCUGUCAUAUUUUUAGUUUGUAAUCAACAGUGUACCCUGGGUAUGGGACAUGGGGACAGGGACAGGACAUCCCUCUGCAAUUUCAAUUAUUGUUUUUAAAAUAUGGGGAAUAUCCCAGGAAUUCAGAUUGGUAAUUACAAAUGGUUUUAGGUUAUAUUCAUGGUUAAAUUUGUGUGAAGUGAAUUUCCUCUUUUAGAGGAUAAAGUAAUUUAUUAUCCCAUUCUUGUA